GUCCUUGCGAUUUUCAUUCGUCAGUGCGAGAUUUUUCACUUCCGUAUUUUUUCGCAAAAAGAUCACUCCGAACCUCCGAAAAACUUAUCUUCUGCCUGCCGUCGUUCGGAAGCACCCCAGGAAAGUGGAAAAUCAGCCAAAAUUGAGAAUAACAAGAGCAAACCGGCCACGGGAAAGUCUUCCAAGAGCAAGCAGCAGCAGCAGGUCAGCGCCAUGAAGCCCACCCUUGUAGCGGACGAGAUGUUCCCGGAGGGUCCGGGACCGUUCAUGGAUUUGGAGGAGGCGGGUGGAUCCACUGGGCUGCUCAUGGAUCUGGCUGCCAACGAGAAGGAUGUUCAUGCGGAUUUUUACAAUGACUUCGAGGAUCUCUUUGACGAAGAUGAAGAAAAUUUGGUGUAAAGAUAGAAAGGGAAAGUAAGUAAACGGAAAUUUGAAAAUG